CGAGCUUACACGUACAGUCGCAAGUGAGAGAGAGAGAGAGAUGAACAACGCACGUAGGGUCGAAUCUUCGUUGUGUGGCGCACGCCAAGCCGUUUUUCGAACAGUAGCAGCAGCAUCAGCAGCAGUGACGCCACACAGUACAAGCAGCAGCAGCAUAAAAGUAGCAGCAGCAUCAAGGGAGCUCUAACUGUGCCUGCUUUUGAUUUUCUCUCUCUUCUUUUUCAAAGAACAUCGGCAUCGGCAUUGCUCGCGAGACUCGAUUGCGUCAACUGAUGCGUUCUUCUAUCAUCGUUGAGUUGUAUUCGCCGCGAUUUUUCUAGUUGUUGGAGAAAAAAAGAGAAAGGGAAAGAGAGAGAGAGACCGGCUUAGCCGGACUUAGCGAGGACGUGGAAGAGCUUGCAGAUACCACCUAGUCGAGUUUAGCCUCAAGGCUACAAGGUUUAUCUAAAAAAAAAAAAAAGAAAAAACAAAGGAGAUUCACCAGACAUUAUUUUCUGCUAGUGCAGUGCGUGAUCGUUGUUUGUUUGGUCGUCCUAAUUGGCCAGGCGACGUUGUUCCUACGAGUGCAGUUGAUAACGAUGCAAGUAAUGUAGCUCGGUAAUUCUUGAGGAGGCGAGCUUAUCGCGCGCCUAUGCUAUAUCAUCGUUGACGCGGAGAGCGAUUCGCCCCGCCAGCGUCGCAGCGCAAGCGACGACCCGCCAAAAUCAGAUAGUACGUGCAUAUUCAUGACACAGUUGCUUCCGAGUGUGCAAGAGAAGAAGAAGCGCAGGACUGCGCCGACGAGCCGACUCUCAGUGUCAGUGCGAACAUCCCGAUGUGGCUAGUGCGCGUGUAAUCCUCGCGAUUCGUCGUACACGACGAGAUUCACGGGCUCUCUUGAUUCGUUGGGGUGGCGUGCUUGAAUUCACGACUUGCUCAUAAAACAGUGUUGGAUUUCGUUCUACAUUUUCGUGGUAUUUUCAUAAGCGAGUGAAAAGAUAAUCGAGUCGCUGCUCGCUCUUUGAUUGUUCGCGUUGAUCCGCGUGGAGUGAACUUGCGCUCGGGAAGCGCCUGGACGCAUCAGCCCCGUUCGCGACUGCGGCCCAUUGCAGUUGGCCAAAUUUUUCCUCCCUACGGUGAUCAUCCCCAACAGCCACGACGUUAGCCUACUACAAUAUGGAGCGCGGCAGCGGGGUCGGGGCCGGUGGCACCGCUGCCGGUUCUGGCCUCGAGCUGGCCGGCUCCGAGUUAUGCCUUCAGGACCUGGUGUCGGCGGCCCCCGGCAACGCGGCCGCCGCAGCCCAACAUCAGCACCAGCAGCAGCAUCAUCUCCAGCACUCGGAUCACGCGCACCAUCAGACGAGCCAUCAUGGCUCGUCGGCGCUUGAGCAUCUGCACCACGCCGUCGCCAAUAAUCACCAUCACCAUCAUCCUCAUCACGAGCACCAUGUGACCGCUGCAGCAACGAUGCUGCACAACGGCAGCCAUCAUCAGAUUUUUCAUGAACCUCUCGAGAGGCUGAAACAAUGGGCCCAAAACGACUUCCGAGAUGAAACGACGAGUGGUUUGGCCAGGCUUGAUUCUUCAACGCACACAGCCGGCGGUGGUGGCAGUAAUCCUAGCACACCGGGCGCGGCGCCCACAACUCCCUCCGGCGGAUUCUCUGCCGCGGCUCAGCAUAGAAAUCGCAACAAUAGUAUACAAAGGCCCACUGACAUUCGCAAAGGGGACCGGCCUUUAACGGAAAUAAAACACGAGCUGGUGACGUCGGGCGGUUCACCGAGCGGAGGCGGUGGUGGCUCAAACGACGACGACAAAGAUGGCAAAAAGGGCAAACGUCAGAGACGACAGAGAACACAUUUUACGUCUCAACAGCUUCAAGAACUAGAGGCUACUUUUGCGAGAAAUCGUUAUCCUGACAUGUCGACGAGAGAAGAAAUAGCCAUGUGGACGAACCUCAGCGAAGCAAGAGUCAGGGUCUGGUUUAAAAAUCGUCGGGCAAAGUGGAGAAAGCGCGAGCGAAACGCCAUCAACGCGGCGGCGGCGGCGGCCGAAAACUUCAAGUCGAACUUCAGCACGGCGGGCUUGAACAGCUUCAUCAGCCAGCCGUUCGGCGACCCGGACCUCUACAACAACAGCUCGUACUACAACUGGGCCUCGAAGGUGCCCUCGCCCCUCAACUCCAAGACCUUCAGCUGGCCCGUCAACGCCCUGGGCAGCCAUCACAAUCCCCACGUGACGCCGGUCAACUGCUUCAGCUCGGGCAGCGGCCUGUCGAGCGGCCACGUGGCCGGGAUCUCGGUGUCGGUCGGCCAAGCCGCCACCUCCAUGAUCCCCGGCAUGACCUCGGGACUGAGCGUGGCCGGCUCGCCGGUGGCCGCCUCGAGCGCCGCCUGUCCCUACGCGGCUCCGACGGCGCCGCACCACGCCUACGGGCCGCCGGUCUACUCGCACCACCGGGCCGCCGCUCAGCCCGACACCCACGUCAUGACCAACAGCAUAGCUUCGCUGCGGCUCAAGGCCCGUCAGCACAGCACCACCUACUCGGGCUUCAACAGCGGCGCCGGGGCGACGAGCAACAACAACAACAACAACAACAACAACAACACCUCGUCGGGCAGCGUCGGCGGGGGCAGCAUCAGUCCCGUCAGCUCGAGGGCUUCGUCGGGCGGCGGUGGCCUCAGCGCCUGUCAGUACGGACUGUCGAUAGGGGCGAAUCCUCACUCGCCGAGCACCGACGCGAGCGCCACGGUCCGGGCCCCGGUCUGAGGCGAGGCGGGGGCUUCCAACAGCCCCCGACAGCAGCAGCAGCAGCAACAGCAGCAGCAACACGCGAUCGGCGCUGGACUCGCGGCUAACAAUGGCAUCGACGCCACCGGCACGAGUCAAGCCUCUGCCACCGACGAGCCCCAACUACAGCAGCAGCAGCAACAUCACAACUCGAGCGAGCCCGUCGAGUGACAUAGGCCAAGGUCCGCCGUAGGAUCGCCCACGCUGUCGUCGACUCCCUCGUCGAUGGCGUCGCCGAACAACUACCUGUUCGACGACGAGAGCACCGCGACGGACCGAAAGCUCAGCGAGAGCCACGAGGAGCUCGGAGGCCCUGGGCUCGCGGCCCCGGUCCAGGUCAACUCGGUCGAGCGCUUGGGCUUGGCUGGUGCAGCUUCGGCCACUUCCAGCUUGGCCGGAUACCUGCAGCAUUCGGCUGCGGCCUCGGCGGCCGGCUACUGGCCUCCCUUGAUAUACGACUGGCCGGAGAGCUCGCCGGCUUUGCAGUUGCAGCCGCAACAGAGCGUACGCAACGACGCUGUUCAGCGAGAUCCAUGAUGGAAGUGGAUUUAUCCGGACGGGAGAGCGUUUUUCACGCUCGUCAGCUUUUCCAUUUCGUCGAUCCAGUUCCACUCUCAUCUCCUCCGUAUGAUUAGUUUUCUACGAGUUUUUUUCUUUGACUCGACUCCCUUUUCAUCAUCGAUAUUUUCAAUAUUAUGCUCGAUUUACCGAUGCAUCGGAUCCUGUUGGACAAACACCUGAUCACGUGUCAAUGCUCGUGUGCUGAUAGUCUUAUAAGAAUAAUCAAAGACCUUUCUAAUCAUCCCAUGUAGAUAUUCUGUAUAGUGAACGUUUGAAAUAAAUAACAGUAAGACUAAUAUAAAUAUAGUGAAAAAGCAAAUUGUUAUGACUCGACGAUAAUUGUAUACAAAGGUAAAAACAGAAAUUUAUAAAAUGAUAAUAAAUUAUAUACAAACAAAUUUAAUGAUAAUAAAAUAUAUGAACAUAAAUAAAACAAAAUAUAUAAAUGCUAAUCAAGUUCGGCAUAUACAUACCAAAAAUGUUUUAGCUGGUAAGGUAAUGAUGACUCCGUAAUUAUUACGGAAUGAGAGGUGACAUUGUGAAAUAAUUUAUGGCAAAAUAGUAUACCUUUUAAGGAUUUAAAUAAUUGUACAGUCUAAGCGUUAAUUACUUUAGUAAAUAGAGUGGCCAGUGCCAUACAAAUACAUAUAAUUAAUAGCAACGAAA